CUGUCAACCUCCUCCGGGUGAGGUGAACGACGACCGCUCUCGCCCUUCAGACAGCGUGGAUAUCCCCAAUCCUAAUCGCCUUCGUUUGGGCCGAUACCCUUCAGCUGUUGCAAUUCGUCCUAUAUACUAGCGUUGUCUCCAUCCAUGAAUAUGCCGAAACACAAUCGCCAGUCGUCGACGCAUAAUCGAUACUCCAACCCGAUGCCGGUAUCACUCGCCCCUUCGGCACCCAUCAAUGUCGGAUACAACACCCGCCCGCAACUGCCGCUCAACACGGGUUUCUACCCCACCAUCCCGUCCUCUUCCCAGGCACAAGCAUCCAUGCAGCAGCAAUCAUACGACCCCUACCAGACGGUGGUCCCUCCCCCUAUGCCUCAUCGACCAUCAUCUGGCGCAUGGUCCCCGCAGGACGACAACAGUCUGCUUCAGGCCAGGCAACAAGGCCUAAAUUGGGCCCAGAUUCAGAGCAACUACUUCCCGAACAAGACCCCCAAUGCCUGCCGCAAGCGCCAUGAACGGUUGAUGGAGCGGAAAGGGGCUGACGACUGGGACGCACAGAAGCUUGAACGUAUCGCCAAGGAGUACAUGAGUAUGCGCAAGGAGAUUUGGCAACCGCUGGCGUCGCGUGUUGGCGAGAAGUGGAGUGUCGUUGAGCAAAAGUGCAUGAAUAACGGCCUCAAGAACCUCCAAUCUGCGGCUCGCUCAGGGGCUCGACGAGACCGUCUAGAGUCCGGACAGCCGCUUUCCCAUGGGUAUGACGACGACAGCGGCAUCUCGGGCAUUGGUCUGACUCCAGUAGAUGACCUUGACGCCUCAUACAGCAGUCCCGAGACGACGACGUCGAGUUCCCACUCGGGCAGCAACUACAGCGGUAUCCACCCCAUGCAGCUCAACCACCACCAGGCCUACGGCCACAACUACAACACCAGUACGGGUGGCCUCUCCUCGUCCGGCUACAGCUCCUCCGUCUCCUCGACCGCAGCUCAGGCCCAGUACGGCAACAUGCAGAGCCACUCACAUCAUUCUCAAAACGGAUCCCCGUACAUGGGUCACGGUCAGCGAUUACCUAGUGUCGACAUGGGUAUUGACGCCAUCAUUAAUCGGCCGGCACACCACGGUGGUGCCCCAUCGAGCAUUUAAGGCGUACAUGGCGUUCUUGCAUUUUUUUUUCUUGUCUUCAUUCCAUUCUGAUCAUGCCGAUUUUC